GCCGGGGGAGGCCCCCGAGGGGUAGGCAGGCGUACACGGGGGGAGGAUUCUUGCGGAAGGGGCCACGGAUAGUAUGUAAAUUCUACGAGAAGGGGCUCUGCAAGAAGGGUGCCUUUUGUGGGUACCUUCACCCGUGAUGAGCCUACGCAGAAAUGCGAGCUAACGGGUGAGACAAAAAUGGCGGAGGUAGAGGACCAGAUAAAUGCUCGGCCGGAGGCGGCGGGGCCACCGCACGGGGAAUUGAUCGGAGCGGCUGUGAAUCACAUGCCGGAGGAUUCCAAUCAAUCGAGGCCGAGCGAUCGCAGCGCAUCUCCAUCGUCGCCCAAGAUUCGGGCUGCUGCAGACCCCACCAGUAAUGGGAACAAAGCCAAAUCCUGCAAAGGCUGCCUCUAUUAUUCGUCUCAAUUCAAAUCCAGUGCUCGUAAUCCUCUUUGUGUUGGCCUUACCCGUUCCCUCCCCACUGUGCCCCCAUAUAUUGUUGGACAAUCCGAGAUGGAAGCAUCUAAAGACGGCAGGGGCCUAUCUGAUUUUAGAUAUGCCUGUGUUGGUUAUUCACUUUACAUGGACCGUAAAGGACAAGCCGCUGAUGGGAAAAAGGCUCAAAAUGAACUUCCAGUCUGUGUGGGCCUUGAGGUUUUGGUGGAUCGGAGUGUUCACUCUAUCGAGCCUGAAUCAACCCCUGCUCAUAUGCAUCAUAAAGAAGAUAGCAGUGGCUUGCCUCAACCUCAGCGUCGAUUGCCUAAACCAUCUCCGGCAACACCUAAACCAUCCACUUCAAGUGGGAAUCCAUUUCUCACUAGAUUUGCUCGCAAUGCCAAACUAGUCGCAAAUGAGGUCGCGAAGAACAUCGAGAGAGCUGGAAAUCAAAUUAAACAAAGCCUGGACGACAUUCUGUAUCCCUACAGACGACGGCCCAAGUAAGCAAAGGCUAAUUUUGCACGCACUUAUGGAAAAUAAAUCGCGAUUUCUUGACUCCCCUGACUGGUUUUGUAGUAGAAAAAAAUCUAUCUUGCUAUCUUCCACCAUUUUGUCGUGUGUAAUUGUUGUUCUUCAGCUGAUCGGACUAAACCACCGGAAUGGGCGUCGGGAAUUACUCUUGUUGUUAGUCUGUGAUUUUUGUUUGGUAAUUAGGAAUUUGUGUUGUGCUACUUCUUAAUACAACAUUUGGGAAUCUACUUGAGUUUUAGGUGUUCCCAAGUAGCUAUUGAUUUUGAGAACAUACAAGGAUUAAUUAGUUUGGAUA